GGCGACAUUUUAUUAUAAGGAAGCUUUGUAAUCCAUUAUAUUAGUUUGCUGGCGUCGUACGUGAAUAUGUUGAAAAUGGAAUGAGAAGAAAAUGUGAUUUAUUGACGUGCAAUUAAGAAAUAAACUUCUGAGAAAUAUGAAUUGAAUGUGAAUUUACAGUACAGUAGUUACACGAACAGAUUUUAUAGAAAUCGUUGCAAUGGAUACGACAACAGAUUCAAUUCAACAAUUACCACAACAAAACGUGGCAGUUAAGAAUAAUCCACAUGCAAGCCUUCUACCUCAACAACCUGCAUCCGCGCCUAUCGAAACCAAUGAAGCGCAACAUGACGUAAAAUUACAAAAUGUUGUGGCAACGGUCUCAUUGGCAUGUGAAUUAAAUCUUCAGGACAUAAAUAAUCGUACCAGAAAUUCCGAAUACACUCCGUCACGAUUUCAUGGCGUUGUAAUGCGUAUGCGUGAUCCCCGAUGUACAGCUUUGAUAUUCCGCACCGGCAAAAUAAUAUGCACUGGGGCACGUAAUGAGUCAGAGGCUUCGCUUGGCACACGAAAAUUUGCCCGAAUCAUUCAAAAACUGGGAUACCCUAUAAAAUUUACCGAUUUUCGUCUACAAAAUAUUGUUGCGACCGUCGAUUUAAGAUUCCCAAUACGUUUGGAGAAUCUAAAUCAAAUUCAUGGUCAAUUCAGUUCCUAUGAACCUGAACUAUUUCCUGGUCUGAUUUAUAGAAUGGUUAAACCCCGUAUGGUAUUAUUGAUAUUUGUAAAUGGUAAAAUUGUUUUUACUGGUGCCAAGGCGAGAAAGGAUAUCUUGGAGUGUUUAGAUGCAAUCUAUCCGAUUCUCUUGAGUUUUCGUAAAAAUUAAGCUAUUAAAAUUAACAUGUUAUAUUAAAAAUAAUUAGGAAUAUUUUUAUACAAUUAUGAAAAUUAAAUAUAAACAAUUGAAAAAACGUUUGUAAUUACGAGUGAUAUGCCAGUUUGUACAUAAAUAAAAUAUAAUUCAUUAUGAAACUAGAAA